AAAAAAAAACUCCCAGGAUUUACGCUCUGCCAUUUUGAGUAAACCCCGGCCGCCAGCGGAGUUUUGAACGUGUCCAUCAAGCAGCAGCGGUCAUGACCUGAAUUAAAGAGCCGCCACCGGGAUUUAGGCGAGAACUUUGGACUGGAGGAGCGUUUCGUUUGGACUCCAGCCAUGUGUUCCACUAAUCCUUCAAACUGGGUCACUUUUGACGAUGACGUCACACCUCUCUCGUCGCCCCGGAAGCCCCUGCAGUCCCCAGACUUUAUUAAAACAUCGGUGCCUCGGCCCAACGGCCUGAAGCUGGUGCUCCCACCAAUCAAAGAUACAUCCUGGAGCUUCGGCGGUUUGGAAUCUCCUCAGAGCUGCUCGAGUCGCAAACCUUCGGCGCUGCGUAAAUCGUCCUUUUGCACGUCUGUGAGCGGCGCCGACACAGCGACCCCACCUCGCUGCCAAUCGAAUGAAAAGAAUCCCUUCCUCCGAAGUUUCUCCAGCCCAUCAGCCGUCUCGGUUCCCACACCAGAAACACCAAGCCACGCCUCAGAUGGACCGAGCCCRUUCCCCUCCUACAAGAACAACUCCGGGCACUUUAACCCCUUCUGGGACGAUUCCAGAGAUGGCACCGACGGCUGCUACUCUUCCUCAGACUCUGACUCGGACACCAACAACAGCCUGCCGCGUUUCUUUAUCCGGACCAAAGACGGCGGCGAACCUCCUCGCCACGGACUCCAGAACUCUUUUUCUUUAGUUUGCGACAAACUGGGAGGMUCYCGAACGGGGCCGGACGARGGAACGGAGGCGCAGAAACGAAACGAGGUGCUGGGCGAAGGCUCGACUCGGUUCAUCCCUCGAGGCCUGUUUCGCAGCCAGAGGAGAGACGGCUGGCCCGUCAUGCUCAGGAUUCCGGAGAAAAAGAACCGCAUGUCCUCUCGACAGUGGGGGCCCAUCUACCUCCGCUUGUUGCCGGGGGGCGUGCUGCAGAUGUACUACGAGAAGGGCAUUGAGAAGCCAUUCAAAGAGUUCCAGCUCCUCCCGCAGUGCCGGCUCUCGGACCUCAAGGUGGAGAGCUACAGCGAGCCCCGGAAAGUCCUCACUGUCAAGGUGGAGCAUUUUUCCUACACGGAGAAGAAGCGCUUCCACCCGAAGCUGGAGGUGAGUCACGAGGCGGAGGUGGAGCAGCUGCUCAAGUUCGGCUCCACGGUGUCCGCCGACAUGGAGGACCUGGUCGCCUCCAUGGAGGAGGAGAUCUUCAAGUUGUGCCCGCCGCACCAGCAGAGGCGGAGCUACGAGGAGCAGGAGCUGUCGCUGCAGAUCACCGACCACAUCUGGACUCGGCUGGACACGUCGGGGGGAGUUAAAGAGCGAGCGGCCUUCACCCAGAUCCACUGCCUGGCCUUUCUGAACGGACAGGGGGACUGCUUCCUUGCUCUGAAUGACCUCAGGCUGCUGCACUUCGACUCCAGCUAUGGGUCCGAAGAGGACGGGGACCUCUGGAUGGAGAUCACCGACUGCCACUUUCACAACUGUGUUAACGAGGCGGAGUUUCAGAGGUCCCAGCUCGUGAAGUUCUCCGCUCCUGACGGGUGCAGGGUGGAGCUGAUGCGGUACAAAACGGCGGUCCUCGGUUGCACCGAGGUUCCCUUCUCGAUCAAAGCCGUGGUCACGGUUCAGGGCGCCCACGUGGAGCUGCAGGCCUUCCUCAACAUGUCCGCCACCUUCCUCGCCUCCCUCGGCUCAGACUUCCACUACCCGCUGUGCGAGAACGUGGUGAUCCGGGUGCCGGUGCCGGGCGACUGGGUCAAAGUGACGCAGACGGUGGCCCUGCUGCGGCAGAAGUCCCUGAAGGCCCGGAUGAACAGGAAAGCCUGCCUGGGCUCCAUCAGCGCUGCYGACUCGCAGCCGGUCAUGCAGGUGUCGAUCGGGUCGGUCAAGUAUGAGAGCGUUUAUUCAGCRGUGGUGUGGAGGAUCGACAGGCUGCCGGCCAAGAACACCGCCGUGGACCWUCCCCAUUCUUUUUCCUGCAAACUGGAGCUGGGAUCCGAUCAGGAGAUCCCCAGCAACUGGUACCCUUACGUGACGAUGGAAUGUGAAAUCAUGGGCGCGGUCGUGUCGCAGACCAGAGUCAAGUCCUUCGGCACCGUGAACGACAUCCAGCCGCAGAAGCACAUGACCAGCUGGACGCGCUAUCAUUGUCAGGCGAAACUGUAUCUGUCCAUCAUCGAUGAUGUCAUUGAGAAUAUGAAGGAGCUCUUCCAGGAUGAAGGGCUUGAAGACAGAGUCCUGGAUGAUCUGCGACAGCUUUGGGAGUCGAAGUUGAUUCAGUCGAAAGCGAUGGAGGACUUGAGGAACAACAAUGCAAACCCCUCCAACUUUGUGCUCCAGCUCCCACCCAGCUACAAACAGACGGAUCAGGAAGCUGCAGCCUCAGUUGUGGUCCCUGCAAAGCAGAACGUCAGCAGCUUACCAUCCAAGAACAGUGCAGAUGCACAUACUACUUUUUCCCUCCCUGCUUCAUUGGCGUAUCCUGUGCAGAUACCAGCAGGAGUCACUCUUCAGACAGCUUCAGGUCAGCUGUACAAAGUCAAUGUUCCUGUUGUGGUGACCCAAGCUCCAGGCGGGCUGCAGCCUGUCUCCCAUCCCACCCAGACGAACGUGUCUGCCUCUCAGCCUGCAGCGGCUCCAUCAGAGUCCUCCUCUCUUCCUGCUUCAUGUCGACCUCCGAGUCAGGAGAGCAGCUUUUGCCAGAUCACUCACGGGCCCCAGGAUCCAUCGUGGGGCGACGAGCCGACUCCACAGCCAGAGUAUGUGAACGUCGAUACGACCGCCUCACCCGUCACUCAGUUAUUAAACUUUCAGAUCAGRGCAGAGGAGGCUCUGACUCGGACGGCGCCGAGCGGAGACAUCGACGAUAUCCUGAAAGAAGUCAUCGAGGAGGAGAGGGAGAAAGCUGGCAGGGCGAGGGCUCUAUCUGCUGGGAACACACACUAUCAGGCUGGAGCUGAUCUGGGGCUGGAUUUGGACUACGGCUACCGCGAGCUGUCAGAAAUCGUCCAGCUGGAUGGUCCUGCAGACAACUCUGACCCUGAGGAGGAGGAGGAGGUUCCUUUGGAAGAGAACGACUUCCUGGGUUUAAUCAACGCAGAGGCCAUAAAAACGCUGCAGGAAGAGAAUGGAAGCAGCGACGGCAUUAGCAUCUCCUCCAGCAGCGACGACGACGGACCAGACGAUCUCGCUGACGUACAAGAAGAGGAUCCUCUGAAUUCUGGCGACGACGUGGUUGAGCAGGACACUCCGGAUCUCUUCGACACUGAGAACGUCAUCGUUUGUCAGUAUGACAAAAUUCAUCGCAGCAAAAAUCGCUGGAAGUUUCAUCUGAAAGACGGGGUGAUGAGCUACAGCGGCAGAGACUACGUCUUCUCUAAAGCUGUGGGAGAAGCUGAGUGGUAAUGAGGAACAAAACGUUUCUGAAUAGAUGUUUUCAGAAAGGAAAACCAAGGGAAAAAAACAUAAAUCUGGACAUUUAUGGGCAGAAAUUAAAAAAAUAUAUAAAUAUUUUUGUGAAUAUGUAGAUAUCAAGGCAAGACUGAUUCAGUUAUGUUGAAUGCAAAUGAGUUUGCUCCAGUUUAAUGAGAAACGAGAUGGAUUUGAUU